CUUAUAGCUGAGGUUAAGCGAUUGAGCUCAGAGUUAGAUACUUUAACAUCUCAAAUUAAUCAAUUACGGAUUUCCAAUAGUGAAUAUGGAGCCAAGAAUAUCAUUCGAUUGAAAAAAAUAAAAUCACUCCAGUCAAUGAACAAAAUAUUCAAUAGUAAGUUAGCGUCAGCUCAGAAGGAUGCAUUCUCAACUCAGAAAGAGAUAGUAAAAAAAGAAUCUGAGAUCAUAUCUCUCAAGUCUGAAUUAACGAAUAUAAAGAAUGAACUAAUGAAUACAAAAGAUGAAUUAGCUUCAAAAAUUAAAAAAAUUGAGUAUUUAGACGCUUUACGCUCUGUUUCACAGAAAACAAAGGAUAUAUUAGAUCCUGUAGAGUCGAAGACUCAUUGCUCUGCAAUAGUUAUGGGAG